AUGAUUUGGUUUGUUACUUUCCUCUGCUGUGUCGGCCUGAUUGGUGCUGAGGUACCUUUCAACCACUACGUGAACAACCAGAGAGUCAUUGGAGGUAGUAAUGCCAAACCAAACACCUGGAAAUGGCAGGCUUCCCUGCAGCUAGAUUCCUACAACCAAGGUUCAUUUAGUCACAUCUGUGGAGGCUCCCUCGUGAGUGCUUUUUACAUCCUGACGGCAGCUCACUGUAUUCUCAGUAAGGAUGUCAGCCAGUACCGUGUAGUGGUAGGAGAAUACAACCUGUAUGAAUACGAGGGGAGCGAGCAGUUCAUUCAGGUUGAAAAGAUUCACAUGCAUCCCCAGUGGACGGGCAACCUUGGCAUUGGAAAUGACAUUGCUAUCCUGAGGCUGGCCAAGCCUGUUUAUCAUAACGGCUUUGUCGCUAUCGGUAACCUGCCCAGGGCAGGAGAAAUGCUGCCUCACAACUUCACCUGUUACAUCACCGGCUGGGGGAUCAUGGACUAUGAAGCAUCAAGCAUGACCCCUGACAUCCUGCAAGUGUCCCCCAUCAAAGUGGUGGAGCACGCAGUAUGUUCCCAGCAGGACUGGUGGGGAGGCAUCGCCCUGAGAAGCAUGCUGUGCGCCGGUGGCGAUGGAGUCGUUUCUGGUUGUCAGGGCGACUCUGGGGGACCCCUAAACUGCUAUACCGACGGAGAAUGGAGGAUCCACGGGGUGGUUAGCUACGGCCCAUCCGGGAGGUGCAACCAACUUUCCAAACCCACCGUCUUCACCAGAGUCUCUUCUUUCCAUGACUGGAUUUACUCUUGUGAAGAUACCCAGCUCAUUGGACACCAGUAUGGAGGACCACCAGCAGACAGACUUCUCGGUUCGCUGUCAGGCAGCGAUAACAUGGGAGAAAACUGCGUCCUUCAGGGGGAACUUCCUCUUCAAGCCCCCCAUUUUAAAGAAGAGGGGACCGCACAGCUGAACUACAUGAAGAGGGAAGAGGAGGAUCCAGAACUCCUCUAUGUUAAAGUGGAAGAGGAGGAGUUUGAUGUCAGUGAGCUGCCACUGACUUGCGUCUGUAUGAAGAGUGACAUUGAUGAAUACGAACCACCUGAGUUUUCAGAGCUUCAUUGUCCAAGUCCUAGUGGAGACCACUGUGGAGGACCACCAUCAAACCACCUGUUAGCUCCACUGUCAGACAGUGAUGAUAUGGAAGAACCUUUGAGGAACAACAAAGACUGUGAACGUGUCCCCAGCAGAUGGUUGUUCGUCGGGAAGAACCUACCUUACCUCUACCGCAGUUGA